AUGAGACAAAGCCAAGAGGGGAGAGCACUUAGACAAUUCACUUUGAGUACAGGAAAGUCUGCUGGUAGGAAUUCCUCAGGGCGUAUUACGGUUUUUCACCGAGGGGGUGGAUCGAAGCGAUUGCAGCGAAGAAUUGAUCUGAAACGAAGCACUUCGUCUAUGGGCAUUGUAGAAAGGAUAGAAUAUGACCCUAAUCGUUCUUCUCGGAUCGCUCCAGUACGAUGGAUCGAGGGGGUGCAGCUACGCCGCCAGAGGAAAUUGAAGACGAUAGAGGAGUUCGCUCCGCCGCGCAAGAUCCUCGAAUCUACCACGACCACCAUCCGCGGCCUAUUUUCGUUCUCUUCCCUGCCCGGGAAGGUGGAUCAAAGAAAGGUAGCUUGCUUCUCUCCUGGACUGAUGGCGGCUUAUGUAGUGGUCGGCCUUCCUACCAGAAUGCCUCUUUGGUCGAAGAGCGCCUUUACUAGUAAGGGCGCAGGAAGCAAAAAAACUUGCGCGAAGGACGUCUUCUUCUCUGCCUUCUCCUCUCCAAAGGCCAAGGGAGAGACUGCAUCCCUUUCCUUCGCUAGCUCUUUUGAUUUCCCAAGGAUAGCGGUAGCUGGGGCAAAGCCCGCUUUCUUCGCUCCGCGAAUGAAAGAGAAAGUCAGAGGAAAAAACACGUUCUCUCUUUGCGAGGUCCGAAAGUGGAGAACGCAUAGCAUUCUCUGGGCACAUAGGAUUAAACGUAAAGCAGCGCUUUCUUGGCAGAGUUUUAGGCGGCAAGAGACUUUAGGGCUUGUUGGAGCUGCUGAGCAUAACGAAUCGAAGCCGAAGACGGAUCAAGGUAGCUUGCCUGCCAAGCCGAUAGGCGAAAGGCCGAAGGAUAGAGCGUGCAAAGUCGAUCGUGCACCUGUCACUUAUAUAAUAGCCAGUCAUCAAUUAGAAGCAGGCAAAAUGGUGAUGAAUUGCGAUUGGUCCAAACCUUCGACCAGCGACUUAUUGCGACCCGCCCAGAAUGACCAUCCAUACUAA